AUGGUCAAUCAUCUCAUUUCUCUUCUUGACUACUCGUCUCUCGACAAAGUAUUUGUCGUUUCACAUGAUUGGGGUACUCUACCAGCCAGUCGAUUUGUUUUGUAUUAUCCUGAACGAACAUUGGGUCUUGUUUUACUCAGUAUUGGAUAUCAAGUACCGGGAAUGUUGGAUUUUGAUCAAGCACUUAAAAAUUCAAAAGAAUUCUGCGAAUUUGAAACUUUGGGCUAUCGGCAAUUUUUUGAUUCUGAUGAAGCGGCCAAGUUUAUUGAAAGCAAUUUGGAAAGUUUCAUUGACUUACUGUUUGCAAGUAAUGCAACGCUUAUCACAACGGCUCUGGUUCCACUUGGUAAACUGCGACAAUGGCUGAGAAGCGGACGAAGAACAAAUCGUGUUUCAUUUAUGACAGAAGACGACUUCGAUGUAAUUCAUCAAUUUCUUGUCAAUGCCGUACGGUCUAAACUUAACUGGUAUAAGGCAGCGGUUGGUAAUAUUAAUUGGAAUGACGAAAUGAAUCUCGAUCCAAAUAUUAAGCGACCAGUUCUUUUUAUUAGAGAUGCACUUAGAUAUCCAUGUCUAACUCCGUUUUGGGCACGACAAAGUCAAUACAUAAGCGAUGAGGAAGUGAUUGAUUUCGAAACAGGUCACUGGAUUAUGAAAGAAGAGCCAGAAGCAGUUAAUCAAGCAAUCGGAAAAUGGAUUGAGAAAAUUCUAUAA